GCAUACCACGUCGUACUCAGGCAAAUGUGUACACGCUUGAUAUUUUCCCUACCUUCGAUUUUGGAUAUAAAUACGCGUAGUCGAUUUUGUUUCAAUGAGCGUGAACUUGUCUGUAAAAAAUAUUUUUAUUGCCCAUUUGUGGAUGAGAAAGCGGAAAUAGAUGAAUAUGUGAAUUGCGGAGACUGUGAAGAACCACUGUGUAAAACGAUUGAUGUUAUGCUUAAGAAUAAUAAGAACACAACAUAUAGCUGUACUCGCGUGUGGAUUGUGAUGUGCAAACAUUAUAUGUACUUAUUUUAUAAGGGUAACUAGCAUCUAUACAUGGUUCAAAAGGUAGUUAUCUUUGUUCUGUUACACAGUCAGUGUCAAAGUCGACUGAUAUACUGAUGUGUGUGCAUAUGCCAGGUAUUUUUCUCUACUUUCGAUUUAGCGUAUAAACAUACGGAUAUGAAUUUUUAGAAUUUAUACGAAAAUGUCUGUCAAACCAUACUUAUGAGGCCCCUGUUUGGCGGAGAAAGCUGAAAUAGAGGGCGCUGUGUAUUGUAAAGAAUGUGAGGAACCACUUUGUGCCCAGUGUAAACAGGAUCAUGCAAGGAUAAAAGUAUCCAAGCACCACAAGUUGUGUGACCUUGCGAAUGUACCUCCCCAGGAGAUACAAGAACUUCUGAAUAACCUGAUAGCCUGUCCGAAUCACGACAAGGAACAAUUGGUUUAUCUGUGUGAAGACCACGAUAUGACGUGCUGUAAUAAGUGCGCGAUGGCUGAUCACAGAAAGUGCGAUGAAGUAAAGGUACAUGAUAUAAAAGUGGAUUGUAUUGGAUCGAAGAUAGUGUUGCAUGACUUUCAACAGCAAGGUGAGCGUCUUUUAGAACAUGCACGAAAUCACGAAGUAUUGGUUUUUGAAAUAGAAAAUCAAGCGUUGGCUUCACUCCAAACUAUUAAACAGAAACUCUUAGAAAUAUACGCGCAACUGGAGAAUGAAGUGCUUUCAUCUAUUGCUGAUAAGAAGAAAGUUAUAGGAGAUAAAAUAAAAACAAACAACGAUAAGGCACGUCAGUUUUUGAAUGACAUUAAACAGCAGUCAACUUAUCUUGAACAGGUUGAGAAAUUUGGAACAAAAGAACAUGUUGUUCUCCUGCAGCGCCAGCUUGAAAAGAAUUCGUUCUUUAGACAUCUGAACAAGGAUGUUACCCCGUCUAAAGUCGUCUCGAGAUUCAUCAACUGAGCGGUGCCAUUGAGGUCGAUCUCCGUUGAAAUACGGGCGUCAGAAGAAUUGUUUUUUUGCAUUUAUAUGUCGAAGUCCUGUCAAAUACAAGCAAUCACUAAGCUAUUUUAUAUUUGGGUUAUUAUUUAAAAACGAUAAUGAUAAUGAUGUUGAUAGGAUGAUGGUGAUAUGGUUGAUAAAGAUGAGGAGAAUAUAAUAGUAUUUUGAGAAUAGAGAAUAAUAAAUUUACUCAUAACUAUGAGCAAAUUGUCAUAAGUAACAAUGUUUAACAUUUUGUUUGCAGCAAAUGUUUGCAGUAAAAAGGUGUGAUGAUAAUCAAAGAUUUAUAAACAAACAAAGAUUAGUAAUGUUGGAUGUUCACGCCCGGCGACGAGAUUUCAAUCAUCUUAUGGUGAUAAUCUUAUCAACACAUGCGUAGACAUGUGGUGUCACAGGCAUAAACACCAUUGAAGAGUAGUGUAUUCAAAAUGUUUAUUGUUUUGCUAAUAUUAUUUGUACGUUAUAAACGAAACUAAA